AUGUUCAGCAUUCUAGCUUCUAUUGUAGCCGCUCUCGGCCUUCCUUCUGUGACGUCUGCUCUAGCCUUCCCUGGAGCCGUGGGCUUCGGCGCGGUCUCCACCGGCGGGACAGGCGGCACAACCUGCCAUGUCACCAACCUCAACGACUCCGGCUCUGGCUCUUUCCGCGACUGCGUGAGCGCGUCCAACCGGAUUGUCGUUUUUGAUGUCGCCGGAUACAUCAAACUAAGCUCAGCCGUGUCCCUAUCGAGCCACCUGACCAUCGAUGGCUCGACAGCGCCCAGUCCCGGAAUCGGGAUCAUGGCUGCUGAGGUCUCGGGCAGCGGCAAGAAUAACAUCAUCAUCACCAACAUGAGAUUUCGACAAGGCAGCCUGGACUCGAACACAGGCAAGAGCGCAGUGAAUUUUGGCACGGCUUCCAAUAUCAUUAUGGAUCAUUGUUCGUUUGCGUAUGGUCAAUGGGACACGAUCGACGCCGUCGGGGUGGUGAACUUGACCGUGUCCAAUUCUAUAAUUGCAUUUCCCAUCGGACAGCAAUUUGGUGCGCACAUCGAGACUGGGCCAUCUACAUUCUUCGGCAACCUAUGGGUAAGCGCGCAUAAUCGCCAGCCACUAUCCAAGGACAACACGCAGUACAUCAACAAUGUGGUCUACAACUACCAGGCAGCAUAUACCGCGGCAAACACAGGCGGAAAGUUUUCCCAUGACAUUAUCAACAACUAUUUCAUUGCCGGCCCCAGCACGACGAAGGCCUCCAAUCGCUACUACCAGAUGAAUGCUAACCAGGCGGCCUACGCCACCGGGAACUAUGGAGAUGCCAGUCUUGACGGAGUUCUCAACGGCGCACAGGAGAACCAGGUUGGAGACGCUGUCGUACUCAGUUCUCCCUGGGCUGAAUCAUCCACUGGAAUGGUGAAGUGGAGUGCCGUUGACGCCGUGACGAAUGUUUUGGCUUCGGCCGGAGCAGUGCCGCGGGACGAGGUCGAUGCGUUGGCCGUGAGCCAGGUGAAGUCCUACGGGACAGCUGGAAAGAUUUAUGGAGAUCAAAGCAGCACCGGUCUGUCGAACGGUGGCUAUGGCACUUUGUGA